CGCGCCGGGCUGGAGGCGGAUGGAGGGAGCAGCCCUCAGCGCUCGCCCGGGACCGCGCCGCUGCCUUCGCCUCCCGGGGGCUGCCCUUGGUGGGGUGCAGGGGCGCGGCAGGCACUGUUCCUGAGAUGCAGUGUUACGUGCCCGCCCCGCCGCGCACCCUACCUGUGCUGGGCCCGCUGCCGCUCCUCCCCUGGCCCCGCCGCCGCCCCCGCGGGGGCCGGGACUGAGCGCGCCGCGGCGCCGAGACGCUGCCCCGAAGAGAGGGAGAGGGAGCGGGACCGGAGCCGGCCGCGGCGCACAAUGUGGGUGCCGCUGCUGGCGUGCCUCACCGCGGGGAUCAUGUCCCUGCCCAAGUGUCAGCGCGGUCCCGGACCCCUCCUGGGAGCUGCCCGUCUGCUGGCCGCCGUGCCGGGACUCUGCCAGCACCCAGAAAACAGAUGUGCCACUUCAAAUGCAGCAACAUGCACAAGGUGCCUUGCUUUGGGUCCAGAGUGUGGGUGGUGUGCUCAAGAGGAUUUCAUGGCUGACACAACACAGAAGGGACGCUGCGACACUGUUUUCAACUUAAUGAAAAGAGGCUGCCAAUCAGAUUUUGUAGAAAAUCCCACAGUUCAUGUGACAGUGUCCAGUGACCAUGAGACAAAUACACAAGUGACACCUGGAAAAGUUUCUGUCCAACUGCGUCCAGGAAGUGAAGCAAACUUUAUGUUAAAAGUUCGUCCUCUAGAGAAAUACCCUGUGGAUCUUUAUUAUUUAGUUGACGUCUCAGCCUCUAUGCACAACAAUAUAGAAAAACUAAAUUCCGUUGGAUUUGCUUUAUCUAAAAAGAUGGAGAAUAUUUCUCUUGAUUUUCGACUUGGGUUUGGAUCCUAUGUGGAUAAAACUGUGUCACCCUAUAUUAGCAUUCAUCCGGGCAGAAUCCAUAACCAGUGCAGUGAUUAUAAUUUAGAUUGUAUGCCUCCUCACGGUUAUAUUCACGUGCUAUCCCUGACCGACAAUAUAGCAGAAUUCAGAAAUGCAGUUAAUAAACAAAAAAUUUCUGGGAAUAUUGAUACACCUGAAGGGGGUUUUGAUGCGAUGCUCCAAGCAGCUGUGUGCCAGAGCCAUAUUGGUUGGCGGAAAGAAGCAAAGCGACUGCUUCUUGUGAUGACAGAUCAAACUUCUCAUCUGGCCCUUGAUAGCAAAUUAGCAGGGAUCGUAAUUCCCCAUGAUGGAAACUGUCAUUUGAAGGAUAACGUGUACAUCAAAGCUACAAGUAUGGAGCAUCCAUCCCUUGGCCAGCUCUCUGAAAAGUUGAUUGACAAUAACAUCAAUGUUAUUUUUGCAGUUCAAGGAAGCCAGUUCCACUGGUAUAAAGAUCUGUUGCCUCUGUUGCCUGGUACUGUUGCAAGACAGAUCGAAUCACAAGCAGCAAAUCUCAAUGAUUUGGUGGUAGAAGCCUAUCAGAAACUAAUCUCUGAAGUGAAAAUUCAAGUGGAUAACCAGAUCCAAGGACUUGAUUUUAAUAUCACUGCAAUCUGUCCUGAUGGAAGUAAAAAAGCUGCCAUGGAAGGAUGUAAAAAUGUGGGAUAUAAUAAAGAAGUACUUUUCAAUAUAUCAGUUACAAUGAAAGGAUGCGAUACAACUGGAGGAAGACAAUAUGCAAUACUUAAACCUAUUGGUUUCAAUGAAACCGCCAUUGUUAAUGUGCAGAAAAGCUGUGCCUGUCAGUAUGGAGACAGUACAAGGCACAAAAGAGUAUGGACUGAUGAAACUUUUUCUGAUGGCAAACAGUCCCCUUGCAGUGACAAUAACUGUAGCUUUAAUAGAGAUACAGUUCCUUCUGAGAGGUGCAGACAACACCAGGACCAGCCCAUCUGCAGUGGUCAAGGAAAUUGCAUAGAUGGAAAAUGUUUCUGCUACAAAAACAAGCUAGGCAAGGUCUUUGGCAAGUACUGUGAAAUGGAUGACUUUUCCUGCCCAUAUCACCAGGGAAACUUAUGUUCUGGUAAUGGUGAAUGUGAAGCUGGUAAAUGCAAAUGCUUCACUGGCUGGGAAGGUGACCUUUGCCAGUGCUCGUUACAAUCAGCAAAAUACUGCCUGAAUUCAAAUGGCCAGAUUUGCAGUGGAAGAGGAAAAUGUGUAUGUGGAAAAUGUGAGUGCACAGAUCCAAGAAGCUUUGGCCGUUUGUGUGAAUAUUGCCCUACUUGUAACAAAGCCUGUGAAGAAAACUGGAAUUGUGUUCAGUGCCAUAAUUCUAACAAUGCAUCCCAAGCCAUACCUGACCAGUGCACAACCUCAUGCUCUUACCUGCUGCAUUAUAUUGACCAAACUUCAGAAUGUUUCCCUGGACGAAGCUACUUUAGGGUCUUUUCCAUAAUCUUUAUAGUUACCUUUCUGAUUGGGUUGCUUGUUGUCCUUAUCAUCAGGCAAAUAAUUCUGCAGGGGAGUAGCAAUAAAAUUAAAUCUUCAGCUGAUUACAGAGUAUCUGCAACAAAGAAGGAUAAAAUGUUUUUGCCUACUGUAUGUACAAGAACAGUAACAUACAGACGUGACAAACCAGAGGAAAUAAAUAUCAACAUCAGCAAGUUACGAUUAAAUGAAACUUUCAAGUGUGAAUUCUGAAGACUGUGUGUUUUCUGCAAAUGUCUGUCUCCAUCACACAACUUUUUUAAAGUUAUCUUCUGUACUCUAUUGGAGUUGUGACUGUUGCCGUAUGGUUUUGUGUCCUGCGAUGCUGAAUACUGUAACGAAGUCACAUGUAAGCAUAUUCACAUAAUGUGACUAUGUUUGAAACUAUAGCUGCUGUAUUUUUUAAUGGUUUAUUUUUUUUGAAAGAGAAAUGUGCGUUACUACUGUUCAGGAACAUUAGUUUGAUGUAGCACUUUAGCAUAUUCUAAUUUAUUUAGUUUUGCCCUAGAAUGUAGAUAUGAACUGGUCUGACAAAUCGCUGAUCUCAGUCUACAUGUAGCUAGUAGUGUUGUGCUCUGUGGGAACGGACAAAAGCUGUGACUGAAAUAUUAACACUGCUGUAUAGUAUAGCAAUAGAUGAAAUUUUUCAAAUGCUCUUAAAUAGAGUAAAUGGUACUUUUAUAGUUCUCUCAGUUGACAAAUUCCACUGAUUUGUCUGCUUUAGCCUCUUAGCUUUUCCUCAUUACUUAAUAGAAAUAAUUGGACUGAA